AUGGCUAAUAAAAGAAAAUCACUGUGUAUUGACGAAAAAGUUUUACUGAUACGCGCAAUAAAAACGGGAGAGAAGAUAAGUGAUGUUGGCAAACGCUUUGGAUUUAGUCGCUCUACCGUGUCCACAAUAUGGAAAAACAAAGAAAAAGUCCUCCACGCUGAGGGCGAGGGAAAAUCUUCCAAAAAAUUAAAGAAACCUAUAUACGAAGAUUUGGAUCAAGCUGUACUAUCAUGGUUUCACCGACAGCGCCAGAAUAAUAUGCCUAUCUCGGGGCGGCUCGUGAAAGCUAAGGCGGAGAAUUUUGCUGAUGAACUUGGUUUAACUUCUUUCAAAGCAUCAGAAGGAUGGCUCGGAAAAUUCAAGCAGCGUCAUCAUAUCAACUAUGGUAAAAUAAGUGGGGAAGCACGAAGUGUUGAUACAAAUGUGACUCAUGAUUGGAUUAACAGAGUGUGGUCAAAAUUCAUAGAAAAAUACGCCUCAAGUGACAUUUUCAAUGCUGAUGAAGCAGGAAUUUUCUAUAAGUUGACUCCAGAUAAAACUCUGAAAUUUAAAGGGAAAAAGUGUGUGGGAGGAAAGCUUUCCAAGGAACGUAUUACGAUGCUUGUGGCUGCUGAUAUGGAUGGCACAGAAAAAAAUAAGCUACUAAUAAUAGGCAAAUCGAAAAAUCCGCGCUGUUUUAAGAACAUUAAAAAAUUGCCAGUGACGUAUAAAGCUAAUAAAUCAGCUUGGAUGACCAGUCAACUUUUUGAAGAAGAAGUGGGAAAGUGGGAUGCAGAAUUAAAGGGACGAAAAAUUUUACUCCUUGUUGACAACUGCCCGGCCCACCCGUUUAUAUCAAACCUUUAA